AUGUACGCCAAGACUCUCGUUCUUGCCCUCUUCGCGGCUGCGACCGCCUCUGCUGCGGUUGUGAACCUGCGCGCCGCGGCCGACUUCGGCAAGUGCACGCCGACCAUCGACUUCCAGCUGGGCCGCCCUGGCCGCAAGGCCGACGAGGGCACCUUCCUGCCCACCGACCCUCUCGUCGCCAAGGGCCAACAGGACGCUCUCAACCCCAACAUCAUCACCAACCGCGUCUGCGACCAGCUCACCAACGUGUGCGAUGCCAACGACGAGGCCAAGGCGCUCUGUGAGUCGGCGAAAGCCCAAGUCUCAGCCCUUGGAACCAAGAACGCCGCCACUGCCGAUGCAUUCAACAAGGCUCUCGGCUUCUAG